AUGGCGUUUAACAAAUACACCAACUUCCAGUACAACCGGAACUUCAAUGGAAACUUUAAUUAUGGCAAUGGUCACGGAAGCGGCUACCAAACCUCAAUGGAUCAUCACGAAAAUAAACGUGCCGGACAAACACCAAAAAAUAAGCGACAUAAUUCAAAUAUCAAUGCAUCAGCAAAGCAUCACAAAGAAGAGCUGUCAAGAACACGACCAAGAAACAUUGUAAAUGUGGGAGAACCGACACGCGUCUCGAGCAAGAAAUACCCUCUAUAUAAGCCGCGACGAGCCCAAUCAAAUCGCAAUUCGGAGACACAGCAAGAUAUAAUUGGGCUCAAAGUUUUCAUACACAAAGAUAUGGCGAAAGGAUUUGUUGUCGUGUUGAGACCGAUUCAGUUGGCGUCAGUGUUUUGA